AUGAUGGUAUAACCGAUUCUGAAUAUGAAACACUUGUCCAGCCAUCUAAGUCUAAAAAAUCAUCAGAUUUGUGUUUUAAAUUAAAAAGAACUGAAGAUGGUGUUCCAACUUAUUCAUUUGGCCCAAGAGUCCAGCAAUAUUGGUCAUGUGAUAUGAUACACUUGUUAAUGGAUUGUAUCGAAGCAAAUGUGGAUAAAUUUUAUGAUUUAAGACCAGACAAACAUGCUAAAGGAUUAAGAGUUCUCAAAAAGCUUAAAAAAAAAUCUGAUACGCAACUGAUUGAAAAAAUUGAACGAUGUUUUCAACGACAAAGAUUGUCGGAAAAUACUAUAACUAAACCACUACCCGCUAUUUCUCUCAAAAUUGAUGAAUCAGAUUUAAAUUUUGCAAAACAUUUACUUAAACACAGCUAUCCAGAUGAUGUUUAUAAAUAUGAACCAUUUGACUGGACAGAUCAAGAAGAAAAUUCUGAUUCAAUUACAAUUUCGGAAGAAAAUUCUGAUUCAAUGACAAUUUCAAAAAAUGCAAAUGCAUCCAUAGCAUUACUACCUGAUGAUAAAUUAAAAUUCGAAGCAUUUAAUAAAAGCUUAACUAGGAAAUACAGUUUGAUGGAACAAGAAGUAAGAUACAUUGUAAAUACACUGAACAGUUUGAAUGAGAAACAAAAACGUCCUCAACCUCCAGCGCCAGAUCCAAAGAAACGUUCUCAACUUCUAGAUUCCACCACUUUCGCGGUUGAAGAUGCGUUAGGGAAAAUUCUGGACGUU